AUGGCAACUAGCAAAUCAAGUGGUACAAAAAAAAUUAACCUAGCAUCUGGCGAAAUUUAUCAAGCUUUACUUAAUGAAACAACGAAUGACAGUGACAAGGCAAGUAUUUAUCAUCAACGAGGUCGAAUCAAAUAUUUUCAAGGCGAAUAUCGAGAAGUACUUUCUUAUUAUGAAAAUGCUCUUGUAGUUCAACGACAAUCACUUCCUUCCAACCAUCCUGAUUUGGGGGGUUCCUAUAACAACAUCGGUAAUGUGUAUAGACAUAUGGGUAAUUAUCCAAAAGCACUUUCUUAUUAUGAAAAAGCUCUUGUAGUUCAACGACAAUCGCUUCCACCCAAUCAUCCUGAUUUGGGUUCUUCCUAUAAUGAUAUAGGUAAUGUGUAUAGACACAUGGAUGACUAUUCAAAAGCUCAUUCAUUUCAUGAAAGUGCUGUACAAGUUGGACAGCAAUUAUUACCAGCAAAUCAUCUUAGCCUUCAAAAAUGGAGACAAAACCUGGAACACACAAAAAAGAAAUUAUAA